GCAAAGGACCAUAUGAGUUUUAACGUGUGGUGAAGGAACUGAGCGAUUCUUCUAUUACCUAUCUUCAUCUCUAAAAUCGUGUCUCUCCCUCUCUCCCUUUAUGUGUCUCCAUCUCUCUGACUUUCUGCAAUUCCCUUAGUUCCAUUGAAGAACCCAAAACAAAGUGUUCUUUAUUUUUAUUUUUUUUAAAAAAAAGAGGGUAUUUUAAAGAUUUGAAAAACAAUGGAGAAUGGAAGUGUGAACCAUGAAAUGGAAACAGCUUCAACAAUCACAAUCAAAGGCAUCCUUAGUUUAUUAAUGCAAAAUCUUGAUGAAAACAAUUGCAAGAGGUUGAUUCCUUUGGGUAUGGGUGACCCUACCCUUUAUUCUUGUUUUCAUACUACUCAUGUUGCUGGACAAGCUGUUGUUGAAGCUCUUCAAUCUGAUAAGUUCAAUGGCUAUUCACCCACUGUUGGUCUUCCCCAAACCAGAAGGGCAAUUGCAGAAUAUCUAUCAUGUGAUCUUCCCUACAAACUAUCAUGUGAUGAUGUUUUCAUCACAUCUGGCUGCACACAGGCUAUUGAUGUUGCAUUGGCAAUGCUAGCUCGACCCGGAGCAAACGUCUUGAUUCCAAGGCCAGGGUUCCCAAUUUAUGAACUCUGUGCUACCUUUAGACGUCUAGAAAUUCGAUAUUACGAUCUUCUCCCUGAGAAUGGCUGGGAAGUUGAUCUUGAUUCUGUUGAAGCACUAGCAGAUCAGAACACUGUCGGUUUCGUAAUCAUAAACCCUGGUAAUCCUUGUGGCAAUGUGUACUCCUAUCAGCAUUUGAAAAAGAUUGCAGAAACUGCAGAGAAGCUUAAAAUUCCUGUUAUUGCUGAUGAAGUCUACGGGCACCUUGUUUUCGGGGACAAUCCAUUUGUACCAAUGGGAGUUUUUGGAUCAAUGGUUCCAGUUCUAACUCUUGGCUCUCUAUCAAAGAGAUGGAUCGUGCCUGGUUGGCGACUCGGUUGGUUUGUAAUAAAUGACCCCUCUUACAUGUUUAAGAAUCCUAAGAUUAUCGAGCGUAUCAAGAAGUAUUUUGAUAUUUUAGGAGGACCUGCAACUUUUAUCCAGGCAGCAGUUCCCCGUAUAAUCGAGCAAACUGACAACGUUUUCUUCAAGAAAACUAUCAACACACUGAAGCAGACAUCGGAUAUUUGUUGGGAUAUGAUAAAGGAAAUCCCUUGCCUUACUUGUCCCCAAAAGCCUCAGGGGUCAAUGGCUGCAAUGAUUAAACUAAAUAUUUCCAGUCUGGAAGACAUCAGCGACGACAUCGACUUCUGUUUCAGGCUAGCCAAAGAAGAAUCCGUUAUUAUUCUUCCUGGUACCGCGGUGGGGUUAAAAAAUUGGCUCCGAAUCACUUUUGCUGCAGAUCCACAGUCUCUGAAGGAAGCAUUAGGGAGGUUAAAAUCAUUCUGCAAAAGGCACACCAAGCUAAUGCUGCAGCAGCAGCAGUAGCAAUAUUAGAAAAGUUGAAGCUAUACAAACAUGGCGUCAAGCCUCAUACAGUAUACCAGCAACCCUUACUGCUGCUCCACAUCUUCGAUGCUUUUUAAUAUAUUGUAAACAACACUUAAAAGAUGUUAGAUAUGGUUCGUUUAAUGGAAAAUACAAUGUUCUUAGAUCCA